AUGGAUUGGAAUGGAAACUUUAGACCCAUGGUUUCUCGACCAGAUGCUUCCUUCGGCUUUCUCUACAAGUAUAACCAAUAUCCAGCCAUGGAGAUGAAGCUUCCAGUGGAGAUACACAAUGCAGUCCUUCCAGGGAUGGACAGGAACAACUAUAGCAUUCAAGAGAAGAAGAAGAGAUUGACAAGUGAUCAGUUAGAUUCAUUGGAGAGUAAUUUUCAGGAGGAGAUAAAGCUGGACCCUGAUAGGAAGAUGAAGCUGGCUAAAGAGCUAGGGUUGCAGCCCAGACAAAUCGCUGUUUGGUUCCAAAACAGGAGGGCUAGGUGGAAGGCUAAGCAGCUUGAGCGUUUGUAUGAUGCACUUAAACAGGAAUUUGAUGUUGUUUCUAAGGAAAAGCAGAACCUCCAAGAGGAGGUCCAAGCAUUGAGAACAAUAGUGAAGAACCAAGCCACAAAGAAGCAAGGAUCUACAGCUUAUACAGAUAUCUCCGGUGAAGAAACUGUUGAAAGCACGUCGGCCGCGACUAACAUCUCUGAGAAACCAAGGGGAACAACUGUCCAUAACAUUGCUCACUGCAACUAUGUUUUCAACGUCGACGAGUACAAUCCGGCGAUGCCACCUUACUGGGCUGUUCUGCCUUCUUAUCCCUGAUCAGAGGCUGCAGCUAAUUAAGCUGUUUAUAGAGUAACCUAGCUAGAACUAGAUUAGCUUAACUUGUAAGAUGGGAUAAGCUUGUCAUCUGAGAGAGUCAGUAUGGAGAACUGACACUACACCUCAAUUGCUUCCAUGGCAUGAGGAGUUUGUUAUGAGUUACGACUGUUAGAAAUCAAUAAGCAUGGUGUCAUGGAAAUGCUUCUACUGCC